GUAGAUAACAUCGAGGCCCUGAUCUACGCCUCGAAAUACGUCAAAAUCCUGAUCCCCGCCGUCGUCAACAUCGUCUAUAAGAAGCUCCUACAGUACGACAUUACGGCGCGGGCCUUCACCACGCGCUCCACGAGCUUCGAGGGCGACCUGGACGCAAGCCCGACCGAGGACUCGCCGCAGGUGCUGCACCGCAAGGCCUUUCUCCGGGCGUACCUGGCCAAGCUAUGCUCGGACCCCAGCAGGCUCAAGUACUGGAAGUACUACAACAAGGUCGGCAUAAUGCACGUCGGCUUAGGCCGCGAGCACCCGCUGCACGUCGAGUACAUCCACCUGGGCGCCACGAUAGCGCUAAUCCACGAGGUUAUGACCGAGGCCAUCUUGUCGCAUCCGCGGUUAAGUCUAUCCCGCAAGAUUGCGAUUAUGAAGGCCCUGGGCAAAGUUAUCUGGAUCCAGAACGAUCUUAUAGCGAAGUAGCAUGUUCGUAAUAGGGAGGAGUUUCAGCAACAGCACCACCAGGCGGAAGAUGGGGAAGGGCUAGGGAAGAACUUGAACAAGGAUCACCCAAUAGUUAAAGCGGAGGGGUAUUUCGACAGCAAGAAAGUCCUCGAGGAGGUUAGCGAUAAGGAGGUUACUAGCAAGAGCUCGGCUCACCACUCUUCGAGCAUACCCAGGCCGGCUAGUAGGACGUGUCCGUUCAGUAGUAUAUCUCAAGACAUGCAGAACCUGGAAGUUGCCAACGGCACCAAAAAGCAUAGAGCAGACGGGAGUGACGCG